CUCGCUCCGCAAUUCCGCAUCGCCUCCUAUCCUUCGCCCGCCAACCUCGGCGGGUCAGGGCGUGUUUCGCGCGGGGGCUGUGGCAGGAGGAGGAGCAGCAGCAGCGCGCCAUGGACCCGUGCCCGUUCGUGCGGGUGCUGGUGGGCAACCUCGCGCUCAGAAUGCCGGUGGCGCCGCCCGCCUCCGGGGCCGGCGCGGGCGUCCACCCGUCCACGUCGGCGUGCUACUGCAAGAUCCGGCUCGGGAAGAUGCCGGUCCAGAGCGUCCCGGCGCCGCUCGUGGUCACCGACGGCGGCGAGCAGACGCCGGCGUCCGGGGCACUCGCCGCCGCGUUCCACCUGUCGAAGGCUGACCUGGAGUGGUUCGACGGGAAGCCCUCGCUCUUCUCGUCGCGGCGCGGGGCAGGGGACGCUAGCCUGAAGGUGUCGGUCUACGCCGGCCGGAAGGGGAGUGCCUGCGGCGUCAGCUCCGGGCGGCUGCUCGGGAAGGCUACGGUCCCGCUCGACCUCAAGGGCGCCGAGGCCAAGCCCGCCGUGCUGCACAGCGGCUGGAUCUCCAUCGGGAAGCGGGCCGGGAAGGGCAGCCCGGCGGCGGCGGCGGAGCUCUGCCUCACCGUGCGCGCGGAGCCGGACCCGCGGUUCGUCUUCGAGUUCGACGGCGAGCCGGAGUGCAGCCCGCAGGUGCUGCAGGUGCGCGGCAGCAUGAGGCAGCCCAUGUUCACAUGCAAGUUCGGGUGCCGCAGCAACAGCGACCUGCGCAGGCCGGGGAUGCGGCGUGAGCGCGACGCCAAGGAGCGCAAGGGGUGGUCGGUGACGGUGCACGACCUGAAGGGGUCCCCCGUGGCGAUGGCGUCCAUGGUGACGCCGUUCGUGCCGUCGCCGGGCACGGACCGCGUGAGCCGGUCCAACCCGGGCGCGUGGCUCAUCCUCCGGCCCGCGGCCGACGGCGCCUGGGAGCCCUGGGCGCGCCUCGAGUGCUGGCGCGACCGCCGCGGCGCCGGCGCGUCCGACAGCCUGGGCUACCGCUUCGACCUCCUCGUCCCCGGCGUGGACCACGCCGCCGUCGCCCUCGCCGACUCCUCCAUCCCCUCGUCCAAGGGCGGCAAGUUCGCCAUCGACCUGACCGCCGCGCAGCCGCUCAGCCGGGGCGGCACGCCGGGGUGCAGCCCGAGAGGCAGCGGCGACCUGAGCAAGUGGCCCCUGGGGAACUACCGCGGCUUCGUCAUGUCCGCCGCGGUCCAGGGCGAGGGCCGGUGCAGCAAGCCGACGGUGGAGGUCGGGGUGGCGCACGUCGGGUGCGCCGAGGACGCGGCGGCCUUCGUCGCCCUCGCCGCGGCCGUCGACCUGAGCAUGGACGCGUGCAGGCUCUUCUCCCACCGGCUGAGGAAGGAGCUCUCGCACCCGCAGGCCGACCUACUCCGGUGACCCACCGGACCGGCGGCAACCCACGAAUCACGAGCGAAUUGUACAUAGGUAGUUGAGGUAGAUGUGUGCUUUAUUAGCGUGCGUUUGUUUGCUGGAGUAGUUCGGUUCCGCUGAUCGGCUAGUUGAUGGUGGUCGCCUUUUUUUUUCGUGAGCGCUGAGUUCCUGAGUGCGGUGUGGUGUGAUUUUUUUGGCUGGUUGCUUCGCUUUAGCCAUAUGUAGGGUGGUUCUUUUUUGGAUCUCCGUAACUUAAGGCAAUUUGUGAUCAUAUGGACUAUGCUUCCAGGUUUUUUGAAUUCAAAAUGAAUGAGC